GCCGAUGUUGGCUGGAUGCUCUGGAACUUGCCCUGCGUUGCUCCAGCCUCUUCCGGCUCAGUGCCUCCAAGCAGGGGAAGGAUGGAGAAAUGAACUGCUCAAGUGAUUCUGCACAUGUGGGGCUCAACCACCUCUUGCACGCAAGCACUAUCUCAGACCAGGAGUUCUUCCAUUUGAAUGACUCAGCUCUGGAGAAUCACCACCAUUUGGAAAAUGAUGCUUUUUCGGACAAGUCUGAGAGAGACAACGUAGAAGAGUCGGAGAAUGAAACUCAUGAGAACAGCCGGAAGACAAAUGAAAGCGAGAGCGAUCAGUCAGAAAUCCAUGGAGAGGUCUCUCCGGGAGGGAAAGGGACAACUUAUAUUGAACAGAUCUAUGAGGAAUUUGGGGAGACAGGUGAGUCGUCUCAAACAGAAACCGUCUCUGAGGAGAACAAGAGCAGGAUGGACCUUUCACGGGUGGUGCUGCCCACCUUCAUCCUGGAGCCACGCUCCUUCCUUAACAAGCUCUCUGAUUACUACUACCACGCUGACCUUCUUUCCCAGGCUGUCCUUGAAGAUGAUCCAUACAGUCGAAUGAAGCAAGUGUUGAGGUGGUACCUGUCUGGAUUCUACAAGAAGCCAAAGGGAAUAAAAAAGCCAUACAACCCUAUUCUGGGAGAGACGUUUCGCUGCUGUUGGUUUCACCCUCAGACAAACAGUCACACAUUUUACAUAGCAGAGCAGGUCUCCCAUCAUCCGCCAGUGUCAGCUUUUCAUGUCAGCAACAGGAAGGAUGGAUUCUGCAUUACUGGCAGCAUUCUAGCUAGGUCCAAGUUUUAUGGUAACUCACUUUCUGCACUUUUGGAUGGGAAAGCAAAGCUUAUGUUUCUAAGCAGAGGGGAAGAUUACAUCAUUACUAUGCCAUAUGCCCACUGUAAAGGACUUUUAUAUGGUACCAUGACAAUGGAGCUUGGAGGGAAAGUUACCAUUGACUGUGAGAAAACUAACCACAGGGCGGAACUGGAAUUCAAGCUAAAGCCCUUCUUCGGCAGCAACGCAAGCAUUAAUCAAAUCUCUGGGAAGAUUAAACUGGGAGAAGAAGUGUUGGCGAGUCUCGAUGGACACUGGGAUGGGGAAGUACAUAUAAAUGAAUUGAAAAAUGGGAAUGUGGAAAUAUUCUGGAACCCAACCAGUGAAGUACGAAGGCAGAGACUGAAGCGCCAUAUUGUGCUAUUUGAGGAGCAGACAGACUUUGAGUCAGAGAGGCUCUGGCAGCAUGUUACCAGUGCAAUAAACAAAGGUGAUCAACACAAGGCAACACAGGAAAAAUUUGUUCUGGAAGAGGAGCAGAGAAAUGCUGCCCGGGAGCGGAGAGAGAACGGCACAGAAUGGAAACCCCUGCUCUUCCAGCAUGAUGCCACGACGAACGAGUGGCGCUACAAAUACGAGGAUUUAAGACCUUGGGAUCCUUUGAAUGACAUUGCCCAAUUUGAGAAGAAUGGGAUACUUCAGACCAUGGAACAACACUUAUCCACAAGGAUGUCAAACCACAAGACAACAUGCAUCAACAAUCAAAUUACACGGCACAAGAGGUCUGCCAAGGACUGCAGGCGCCGCAAGGCCAGUGAUCAGCCAUCCAACCACAGUCAGAACACAGAGAGCAGCUGUUCCACGCCUGAGUCGAUGCAGGGGCUCUCAGAUGAUGAUGGCAAGUAUUUGGGGUUUGAAAGUCUGUGUGCUCAGUGUGGGAAAGAAAUGAAUCACCUGAAGGAAAUUCAUUCAGCCGUCUUAUCCCUACAGAGAGCCCAACAGGACAUACACAGAAACCUCAGUGCUCUGAACAAAAAGUCCUUCCACAGGAAGGUCUCUUCUGAAAACUUCCUCCUGGACUCUCGCUUUUGGUUUCUCCUCUUCAUCUUUCUGACGUGUCAACUAUUCAUCAAUUAUGUCUUCAAAUAAAAUCACUACGUUUGGCAGCAAUAACUAUUACUGGCUGCAGGAGGGGGGCCACUCAUGCAAGGAGCCCAGCGAGGCACCAAAGCACUUUAGAACCAAUGCGGCAGAGGUGGAAGAAGUUGGAGAACAAGGUUAAAAAGGGACCUAGGAACCUGCAAAACUUCAUUCCUGCAGACUAUGUCAUUUUUGCCUUUUACAUGUACAUCUUCAAGGACCUCUUAACCUGUAUGGGCCUUAAUGCUGAAGCCAAAUGUAGCUUUAAUUGUGCAAUUUUAUUUCUAUGUCAUGUCAUUUUCUGAUGCAAUUAAUAACUACCCAUCAGUAUCGGUACCCACAAAAUGGUAAACACCCCAGCAUUUUGGAAAGGUUAUUCCAGCCUGGUUCACAGUUCUACAAGUGAGGGAGUGCAGCUGAGGAGCUGUAAAGAGCUGAUGUCCAUGGUGUCUGGCUGGUUGCAUUCAAUUAUGGGAGGGAGAACACUUGGUCCAAAAAAUCCACCACCAGAAUAAGGAUGUUAAGUCAUAAUCUGUUUUGUCAGCACACACAGAAUGAGACCUCAGGAUGUGUUUUAUUUUCCAUUCCACGAGAACUGUAAAUAUGCACAAUUUCCUAGAGCCAUUCUUCUUUAGGAAAUGGGAAGUAUUC